GCAGCCCGCCAGCUGGGACGCAUGGCAGCUGUCCCCUCCAUAGGCUCGCUCGUGGCCACCCACGACUUUUACCGGCGCCGCCUGGAUUCUAUGUCCAGCAACAGCUCCUGCGGAAGUGCCGAGUAUCCCGGGAAUCCCGGGGAUGCCACCGUGCCCCACCACCCAGGUCUCCCUAAGGCUGACCCUGGUCAUUGGCAGGCCAGCUUCUUCAGGAAAUCCAUUCUUCCAUUCAUGGCCACAGUGUUGGAGUCCCCUGAGCAUUUUCCCCACAGCUCGGCACAGUCCCCCCAGAGCCCCAGCAGCAUGGUCACCGGUGGCCAGGCUGCAGAAACCAUGAAAAAGCAACCAGGCAACCAAACCAACACCAGGCUGCCAUCGUGACCUGACAGAACCACAACCCAAGCAUCCAAGGUGCUAGGCCAGAACCCUGCCCGUCCUCCCCACUCUGCCAAGUCGACAGGCUGCAGUAAGCAGCAGACUCCAGCAGAAGCUGGAAAGAGCUCCCUCCUCUGUCACCGCACCAAAAUUUCCUGACCCUGUAAAAUCGUGCCUUGCACCGAUCAGAAAAUAAACUCCACGUGAUGAUCUUUGAAAAAAGAGAAAAGAAUACAAGUACUGCUCUUACUGCUAGCCAGAGAAGCUUUCCUAUGGAGAAGGCAGUAGACACUGAGGAGACUCCACUUAUCAAAGCUAAAAGUAAGAGGCUGUAGAGAGCUGAACACUAAUUUUAUCACACCCUCCAAGGCUCAGGGAAUGUGGAGGAGGGGCAUCUAAGAACCACAGAGUGGGAAGGAGUACCUUGGGGAACAUUUCUACCAAUAUGAACUGACUGGUGCAUUCAUGGCCCCAUCAUGGUUGCUGGUACCCCCACAAGAUCUGCUCUGUUCUGGGAGGACAAAAGGAAUGAGACAUCAAAACAGAGGAAUGAUGACUUGGAAAGAGGAGAGUGCUCAGUGGAAUACAGGUCAGGGAGGGGGGACAAAAGAGGGUAUUGGAUAGAAAUACAAUUAAAUUACAGUAUGCUCAUGUGUUAAAGUUCUCAAUGUUAAAAUUAGGCUGGAGA